AUGCGUAAUCAUCUCUCCUGCCCCCGUGUCUUGGUCGAGGAGCGGCCUCCCAAGGUCUCCCCUGCAAAUCUGCUACGUGGCCCAGCGCCCCUGUCCCCGCCACCCGUGAUCGUGUACCAAGGCCCGAGAGGGGUGGCCGCCCAGGCGGCCUGGGUUCCACUUCCAGCUACAGCUCCCGCAGCAGUACCAGGCUCCCCGGGGAAGCCAUCCCCCACCCCCAGGGUCUCCCCAAGGCUGACCCCGGUCUGGUGGGCCAGCUUCUUUUUCAGGAAGUCCAUCCUGCUGUUCAUGGCCAUGGUGUUGAGGCUGGUAGAGCAUCCGGAAUCCCCCCAGGCCUCCAGCAGCAUGACCACCUGGGGCCUGGCUCUGGACACCCCAGGAAGCAGUCCAGUGGCCAGUCCAGCACAGCCAGCGCUGGACCCCCAUCCUGACCUGAGCCGCCACCACCAGCCCCAGGUCUGCGAAGGCGCCAGGCCACCAGACCCCCUGCCUUGUCCCCUCCCCACUCCUCACCCUGUAGACUAG